AUGCACAAUAACAUUGCAUUAACGCUAGAUCAACAGCCUGAAAUAAAAACUGGUAAAAAGUCAGACAACGAUUCGAUCAUUCGAUUGGUCUAUUUGGCAAAGUGUAAUACAUAUUUGACCUUCAACGGUGAGUUGCGUGAGCCGACACAGGGCUCGGCCCCUAUUUUGGCUAAUAACUACAUGGUCACAUUGGAAGUUCGUGUCUUUCACGAGGCAUUAGUUCGUUGUAUGGACGAUUACUUUGCUGUUCGGCAACGCGACAAACAUAGUUUGGAGGAAAUCAUUGAGCUAAUCAAUAGAAUUGAUGCAAAGACAAAGUUUAGCAUGUAG